AUGUUAUUUGGAUUAUAUUUGUUGUCUAUUUACUUGGCUUGCUUGGUACCAGCCUCACAAUCAGCAUGUGACCAGGGGUGGUUCGGCGCGCCAUGCCAGUUCAAAUGUCGCUGUGCUAAGGGCUGUGACGUCAGUGGUGUCUGCGUCAAUGCCACGUCAUGUUCGCUGGGAUGGUUUGGACCUCUGUGCCAGUACCAGGACCUGGCCAACAUUGGUGCUACAGCCACACCCAACACCAGCAAGGCCACGGAUGGGGACGAUACAAGCUGCUCAAGUCUACAGAAUUUAACCCUCUCAUGGCCCACUGCUUAUUUCAUCAACUGGGUACAGUUUAUCAUUCCUAAUGCAAGUAUAGCAACUCUACCAGUGAUGACCUUCAGAGUUAGCCAGGCUACCAACAGCACCACCCUCCCGUGUCUGAACAACCAAACUAAAGUCUACAACACAAACACAGUGGACGUCUACUGCACCUUGACCUCAGCGGUCCAGUUAAUGACGCUCACGUUUGCUUCCAACACUUCCGGGUUGUCUGUGUGUUCUAUUUAUAUCAGUGGAGGUAGAAACUUGGCUUUGAAAGCAGCUACUACACAAACCAGCAACUACACGUCCGGCGUCUUUAUCUACGACUCUUCCAAAGCCGUUGACGGGAAUACAAGCAACGAUUUUAACCAAAACUCAUGUUCCUCAACAAAUCCAGGAAAGGUGUAUUGGAACCUGACAUUUGCUCAGACAGUCAAUGUUAAUCGAUUUAUUCUAUACAAUCGAAAGGAUUUACAGGAUCGACUCAAAGGGUUUAAGCUGCUAACUCUUAGCCGGAACAACAUGACCUUUAACUACACGGACAAACAAACCACAGCCCUCAGCGUCUACACCAUCAGCCCCAACACAACAGUCGCUGCUGAUUCUAUCAGCAUAUCAGUGGACAAUACUCUGACUCUAUGCGAGGUGGAGAUUUAUGGAGAUAACACAUGUGAUAAUAAAAAAUUUGGAAUGAACUGCAGUAAAUGUCGGUGCAAUGAUACGAAUGAAAUAUGUUUUCCUACAACCGGAAGUUGUUUGUCUGGAUGCGCAUCUGGGUAUUUCGGUGAUGGCUGUCAACAAGUGUGUGCACCAGGUAGUUAUGGAUUACAAUGUAAGCAGACCUGUGGAUACUGUGCAGACAUCGUAUGUAAUCCUGAUAAUGGAGUCUGCCCUAAAGGAUGUGUAGAUGGAUACACGGGGCCGCAGUGUAAUCAAAGUAGGUGA